AUGGCCACCAUGAUCACACGCAGAUUCAGCUCCAAGCUUUCAAGACUCAACGAUCAUCAUCAUUCAUCAUUGUCUGCAUCCUCGACCUACCUCGCCGCCCAAAACCUCCAAAACCGUAAAACCCCAGACCACUUCACUCACUCCUCCAAUUCCACUCUCUGCCCAAAUUCUUUCAAAUCCUCAUCAGACCCCACCACCAUUAUCGAUCAUUACAUAAAAUCAUCAAAUCCAAAACCCAUAAACCAUAAUCUAACUUGGAUCAGAAACCCAGAUUUUUUUCAACUUCUUCUAGUUCACCGUCACCGGAUCCAGAAUCUCAAAAUCCAAACCCAGAAUCUGAAAGGCCCCAAACCCAAUGAAUACCCUAGUCAAAACCCUAACUUCAAGCACCAAGAAAUCGAAGGACCGACGGUGGAGCGAGACCUUUCGACUUUGGCCAAUGAGACCAGAGAAGUUCUCGAAUCGAUGGCCAAAAACAUGUAUAGUCUGAGCAGGGCAUUGGCUCUUCUGGGUUUGGCUCAACUCGGCGUUGGAGCUUGGAUUUCGUACAUUACCAAAUCGACCCCAAUGGCGGAGGUUUCAGUUCAGAGCAUAUUGGCUUUCGGAUUGCCCUUUACGCUGGCGUUCAUGUUGAGGCAGAGUUUGAAGCCAAUCUACUUCUUUAAGAAGAUGGAGGAGCAAGGCAGGCUGCAGAUUCUGACUCUCACCCUUCAGGUUGCUAAGAAUUUGAAUGUGUUCUUCGUUCGUGUUCGCGGCGUUUCAUUCUUGUGCAUUGCUAGCUUGUCAGUCGGAGUGUUGUUCGCCGCGCUUACGAGAUGAGUUUGUAACUCCCGCUGAUGAGAUUUUUAUGUUGAAGUUUGAUUGUUGGAUUGUUGUAAUGUGUAACUUGUGCGGGAAGAAAAGAUUAAUCUAAUAACCCUAUUUGAGUCUUU